GGCCCGCGGGAGACCCCUUCUGGCCGCCGCGUGCCCCGCAGCUCCCUCCCCUUUAGAAAGCCUCGGCUGCCGCGCCGCGUAGGGCAGAGCUCGCAGCCGCGCUUUGUUGGCUGCCUGGCGUUUCGCGGCGCCAUCUGUCGCCAGCAGCGGGCUCGGGUUCUCUUUUGUGUAAAUCAAGAAUCCGAGGCCCAAGUCCCGGAACUCAGCUUGGCGCUCACCUGUAAAACUCCCGCGCGUCCGCUGUUUGCUCCUGGGUGCUUGCUACCUGGCACUGCUUGCAGUUCUUGGCGCGCGCGCUCGAGCGCGCGACUGUCGCCCUCGCCGCGACCCGUGCCCCGGCUCCCCGCCGGGCACGCGCGCUCCGCGGCCCCCUUCGCUGCAGCUCUCGUCUCCCACCGGCUUGCAGGUGUGGGCACGGCGUGCUGUGGGCUCACGGGGGAGUUAUGGUAGCGGGCAGGCUUGCUAGGAUGCGCGGGGCCCGGGUCUCGGGUUUCAUAACUCUGGGAGGAGCUGCGCCCAAGCUUUCUCGGCUGGAGCGUGGCAGCCUCAGACGCCGAGGGCCUCCUCGUCGGCUCGCUGCAGAGACGGUGCGCGUCCAAGGCAACGACAUCUCGCACCGGCUCCGGCUAUCGGCCGUCCGGCUGCAGGACGAGGGCGUGUAUGAGUGCCGCGUGUCCGACUACAGCGACGACGACACGCAGGAGCACAAGGCCCAGGCGCUGCUGCGCGUGCUCUCGCGCUUCGCGCCGCCCCACAUGCAGGCCGCCGAGGCCGUGUCCCACAUCCAAAGCAGCGGCCCGCGACGCCACGGCUCCCCCGGCGCAGCCAACGCCAACGCCAACGCCGCGGGCGCCGCGGGCCGCACCACCUCGGAGCCCAGUCGCGGCGACAAGAGCCCGCCGCCCGGGAGCCCUGCCGCCGCCCCCGGGCCCAGAGUCCCCGAGGCCGCCGUCGCCUCCGCGGCCCACACGGCCGCCACCACCGUCGCGGCCACGGCUGCUGCUUCGUCGGCGUCGCUGCCACCCGGCCAGGCUGUCCUUCUGCGCCAGCGGCACGGUUCGGGCACCGGCCCGAGCUACGCCACAGACCCGCUGCUGUCCCUGCUCCUGUUAGCUGUGCACAAGGUCCUGCGGCUGCUGCUGGGGCACUGACACCAUUUGCCGCACCCCCUGGGGGCCGCCGCGUCGCCAGAUGGACAUGGACAGGCUGAGAAAAGCAUGAAGAAGCCACGUGGGAAAUAAAAAUAAAUCAUAUUUUUGGGGAAGUUACACAAAUGUAGAACACCUAAAAUAAUGCAUCUAGUUUCCAAAUACGAUGGAGUUUGGACCGUGUAGUGUGCACGGCUCAACAUUUCUCUACUUUGAUGUAUCUUUCUUUUCUACACUUUUCCUCCAAGUCUUCAUUUUGCACGAACUGUUGAGCAGUUAUCUUUAGGAUAAUAUGGGGAAAAUGUUGGGUCUACGCCUUUCUGACAAAGCAAAAUAUUUUUUAGUAGAUUAUUGUGUUUAGGAUUUUUUUUUAUUUUACUUUUUUCCUUUGGGGGCUUUUUUAAUUAAAUUAUUUCUUUUGAGACAUUUGAUUAAACAAAGACAUCUUAUCAUAAUUAAAAUCCACUGUCAAUAAUAUUUAUUUUUAAAUAAAGAUUGGAAACAAGGCCAGACACUUGUUUAUAAACCGUAUUGUAUAUUGCUGAAUAACAGUUGAAUAAAAAACAACUUUGGAAUAA